AUUGGAUGUGGUGCACUGAAUAGGUGUUCCUCUCUUAAUUAGAGCUGUUAGGUUCAAGUCCCGAUUGAAAAAAUUAUCGGUAGAGAAUACUUCCCUAAAUAGGCCCUUUGCGGUGCAAAUAUAGAUUAGUUAAGCUCUAACGUGAGUCACACACCAAAUGUGAAAUUAAAAAGAAAAAACAGUAAAAAAGAAAAGAAAAGAAAUAUUUUUUUUGUUCCCUGAAAAACCCAAAUCCCAAAACCCCUCCUCAUCCAGUUCUUUUUGAGUGACCUUCUUCACCUUUGAAGGUCUAAAACCCCAAGUCCCCAUUAUUGGGUUGUAAAGAUUGUUACUUUAACCUUCUUUGUUACUAUGGCUGCUCUUUCUUUCAGCUUCUUUUCUACACUUCCCAGGCAGCAUCUGCAUUGGAACUUCUACCCAAAUAUGAAAGUAAUGCAACUUCAAGAUCUUAAACUACAAAAUAAAUGGGUUCUUAUGGCAGUCUCUAAAGAAGGAACUCCAGAGGGUAUAACUGAGGAGUUAUCUGAGACAGAGGUGGUUAGUGCUCGGAAAAAGACUGGCAGGACAUCAAAACGAGCUCCAGUUUCGUCUAGACGAAAGAAAGUAGUUGAGACUUCGGAUGAUGAUCGUGUGAAUGAUGAGGAAGCCAAAAAUACGUUAGGGUCAGUUGAAGCACCCAAAAAAACCAGGGGACGAACCCGAAAGAAAAAAGAAACAGUGGAGAGUUCGUUUGGUGAUUCCAUAUCUGAUGUGGAGGGUAACGUCACUGAUGAAGAAGGUGUAAUAGAACCAGAAUCAAGUGGGAAACCAAAGAAAACUCGACGAACCCGGAACAAAAAAGAGACAUUGCUGAGCUUAUUUGAGGUUUCCAUGUCAGAUGUUGAAGGCAAUGUGACAGAUGAGGAAGCCUUACCAACUUCAGGGUCAAGUGAAGAACCCUUAGAAAAACGAAAACGAACUUCAAAGAAAGCUGCUUCUAGCUCUAGUAGCCUGGAGAAAGAACCAACUCAAAAAGUCACAAGGCGGAGGAGAAAGAAGGUUAAUACUUUAGAGGAUGAAGGUAGCCAGACAGAACUUAGUGAUGUUGAGGAAGAGCUACAUGUUGCAAAUGUUGAUGCCAAUAGUUAUGAAGAAUUGGACGUCGAUAAAGAUGAUGGAGAGGAUAUUAGCUUCACAUAUGGAUGGCCACCCCUUGUGUGUUGCUUUGGCGCAGCACAGCAUGCAUUUGUUCCUUCAGGGAGGCCAGCCAAUAGACUUGUAGACCAUGAAUGGCAUGAAAGAAUGAAAGAUGCGAUGUGGGAUCCUGAAAAAUUUAUCAGGGCUCCAGGGGGAUGUUCAAGUAAUGUUGCUGUGGCUCUUGCGAGCUUGGGUGGCAAAGUUGCCUUCAUGGGGAAACUUGGUGAUGACGAUUUCGGUCAGUCCUUGGUAUAUUUUAUGAACAUUAAUAAAGUUCAAACACGAUCAGUUCGCCUUGACAGUAAAAAAGCAACUGCCAUUACACAUAUGAAAAUAGGUAAGAGGGGGGGCUUGAGGAUGACUACCACCAAACCAUGUGCUGAGGAUUCUUUAUUGAAGUCUGAGAUCAAUAUAGAUGUCCUUAAGGAGGCAAAAAUGUUUUACUUCAAUACAUUCUCAUUGCUUGACCCAAAUAUGAGAUUAACCACAUUACGAGCAACAGAGAUCUCAAAGAAGCUCGGAGGGGUUGUCUUUUAUGAUUUAAACCUCCCAUCCCCACUAUGGGAAUCAGGUGAAAAAGCCAAGGCAUUCGUGCAACAAGCAUGGAAUCUUGCAGAUAUCAUAGAGGUCACGAAACAGGAGUUAGAGUUUCUAUGUGGAAUAGAACCAUCCGAGAGGUUCGACACCAAGGAUAAUGACAGGUCUAAGUUCACUCACUAUCCAUCGGAAGUAAUUGCUCCACUUUGGCAUGAAAAUCUAAAGAUUUUGUUCGUGACAAAUGGGACUUCUAAGAUUCAUUAUUACACCAAGGAGCAUAAUGGUUCUGUGCUAGGUUUGGAAGAUGUGCCUCUAAGCCCUUAUACUUCUGAUAUGUCUGCAUCUGGAGAUGGCAUUAUUGCAGGUAUCAUUAGAAUGCUUACAGUUCAGCCUCAUCUCAUGACCGAUAAAGGGUACCUGGAACGAACUUUAAAGUAUGCUAUUAGCUGUGGUGUAGUAGAUCAGUGGCUACAGGUGAGGCGAUUAGGGUAUCCUCCUAAAGAAGGGAUGGAAGAUGACGUGGUACCGGACGACCAUGGUAUAAAGUCGGUAACCGAAAGGGAAUACAGAACACUGGUGCCUGUAAGUUGAUGGUGUAUAUGCUUGUAGUCCAUUAUGCUUAUGUUGACAUGAAAUGCCAGAUUCCCCAUUUCCCCAGGAAAGUUGAAAGUCUUGGUGUUGGAAAUGAUUCUUUCUGGCAUCACUGUGAUUGUAGCUGUAACUGCUUGUACACGAUUUUUUCGAGUUUUGGUACAACGUAGUAUCGGAGAAACCAUACUGAGGGAAAAACGACAUCACUAAUCCUAUUCUCCCGAGGCUUUCUUAUGUAACAUUUGUACUUUUUUUUGACAUAUUGGAGAAAUUUAGAUUAUUUACCAGCA